UUUUUUUUUCUAGGUAGAAUCCGUGUUUUGCGGGAGGUGCUGUUCACAUCGCCGGUAAGUGAAGUCCUCCACGUCAGAAAACAAGACGACCAACCAAAACUCGGAAGAUGGAGGAAGCAGAAGAGGAUGACAUGGUAUGUGGAGAUUUGGGAAACGGCCUCGGAAGAAGACCCGGAGGUGUUUAUGAGGGGAAAAAUUUACAGAGCUGCUAUUCAUUUAAAUCUAGGAAGGGAUCUGGAAAGGCUUGUCAUUCUCUCUUGUCAGCAAAGAGAGUGGAAGAAAGUGAUGCUGCAACUCUUCUUGGCUCAAAACAAAACGGUUUUUACAAUGGAUCAUCGAAAAAGCUUGUUACUAGUUCCACACAGCAACGUAGGUGUGAAUCUAAUGCUGAAGUGCCAAAUGAAGAACUAAAGCAACAACUUCGGGGGGCUGUAGAGGAAGUUGACAUUUUGAAAGUUGAUCUUGAAGCAUCUCAGAGACAACUUGAAGGAAAAGAUGAAGCCCUAAGAAUUCUGCAGAGCAUGGCAGUAUUUAAUAAAGCCACUAGUCACACAAAAGCAAUGCUUCAAAAGACUGAGGAAGAAAAGAGAACUUUAGAAAAGGAAAUAAAUAUUUUGCAAUGGGAAAUUGAAUUUGAUCAGGAUCAAUUUAAAAACGUGGAAGACACAUGGACAGAAAAAUAUUACAGGAUAUAUUGUGAAAAUGCAGCUCUUAAGGAAGCAUUGAAAAUGAGAACAGAAGAAGUUAAAAUUUCUAAAGCUGAAAAUGCAAUGCUGAAUCAGCAGUGCUUGGAAUUUCUUGCCAUGCUAGAUGUGAAACAACAGAAGGUUGUUCAGGAAAAGUCCUUGAAUAAAAGUGACAUUACAGAUUUUACAGGUUUUGAACUGGCGGUUCUUGGAGCCUGCACCUGCAGUGCUUCUGGGGGACAGCCUUGUCCCUGUGCUAAAAUGGCAGCUGUAACACAAAAGCAACUUCUUCAUCUCAAGCAAGAGGUAACACUGCUUGGCUUAAAUGUGAACAUGCAGAGGCAUGCUUGUGCUCAAAACUAAGUAAAGCAGAAACACUCUUAUUACAGCUUACACAAACUAAUGUGUUUUAAACCAAGAAUGCAUCUCAGAAUUAAUCUAGAAUUUAUAAAGGAUAAAGGGCAUGUCACAUUACAAGGGAACAAGAGCAGUCUGGGACAAAAACUAUCCAGCCUGCUGUCAUCAGAGGCGGAUGGCAAGAAAGUUAAAGAGCUGGACAAUCCUAAUGAAAUCCUGAAGAUGUUAAUAGAUCUGGUAAAUGACAAAGAGGAGGCUCUGGCCCAUCAAAGAAAGGUUAACUACAUGCUAGCUCGAGCAAUUGAGGCAAGAGUAGAUGAUUCGGAACAGGAUACGGGAAAUGGGAUGCUAUGUACUCAUCAGUACAUACAGGAGUCAUCGGGCCCCGAAUGUGCCUGCUGCCAAAACCCUUGCUCUCAAAGCAGUGUUUCCCCAGUUCACAGUGCAAAAACAUGUGACAAUCCGGUAAAAAUGCUUCAAAAAUCACACUCCUGGCCCUCUGAAGGGCACUGUGAAGAAAAUGAUUCACGUAGAAAAGCAGAUGAAACUGUGGUGAUCUAG